AUGAUUUGGAGAAUCGGCAAUGGUGAAAAGGUGCGGAUUUGGGGUGAUAACUUGCUGCCAGAGAUUUUAGGUUUCAAGCUCCAUAAUAUUGCUGACUCUGCUAAUUUAGAAGAUAGAGUUUGUGAAUUAGUUGACAGAGAUACGAGAUGCUGGAACAGUGGUUUGGUUCAGAGGAAUCUCAUCCCUUUGGAGGCGGCUCAUGUUCUUAAUCUUCCCAUUUCGAUGAGACUUCUGGAGGAUGAGAAAAUCCAAUUUUUUGAGAAGGGUGGAAAUCUCUGUCAAGACAGCAUAUCAUAUGCUCCAAAAAAGUGA